CAGAAUUCAACAAAAAUAAUGAUAGUAAUAACGUAACAAGAGUGAGCUGGCAGUGGUCGUGGGUGUAUGCCACUUUUAAAUUACGUAUUGAUAACAAUGAAGUUUGUUUUUAAGAUACGCUGAAAAUAUUUAAAUAAACUUCACAGUAAAAUUUCAAAGAAUGGAACAAUUGCAAUUUUUUCCAAUGACCUUAUCUCCACUUUGGCUACGUAGCUAACAAUUAGCACCAGUAUGUUGUGUUGUUGAGGAUCCAGCCAGUCUAAUGGAUGAAGAUUUUUUGCUGGCUGUCCAGCUACAGGAGCAGUUUGACUAUGAGGCGUCCAGUUCUGUAUGGGGCGAUGAUAAUAAUUAUGAGCAGAGUAAUAAAAAGAGAAAGCUUGAAGUGAACAGUGCCAUUGUUCCGUAUUCUGCUCCACCCGAAAGGCCCUUAUCGAUAGUGGAUGAGUCGUGGGAGAUGCUCGAUCCGAGUCCCGAUGUUAGGGCGAUGUUCCUUGAUUUCAACGAUAAAUUCUUUUGGGGGAAACUCGGUGGCGUGGAGGUUAAAUGGAGUCCGCGAAUGACACUAUGUGCAGGAGUGUGUUCUUAUGAAGGCAGAGGUGGUCUCUGCUCAAUUCGUCUAAGUGAGCCGUUGCUGAAACUAAGACCACGCAGAGACUUAGUGCAGACCCUUUUACAUGAGAUGAUCCAUGCUUUGCUGUUUGUGACACAAAACAACAGAGAUCGAGAUGGCCACGGCCCGGAAUUCUGCAAGCACAUGAACAGGAUAAAUCAAGCUAGUGGGUCAAAAAUCACUGUGUACCACACCUUCCAUGACGAGGUGGACCUGUAUCGUCAGCACUGGUGGCGAUGCAAUGGGCCCUGCCAAAAGCGGAAGCCUUUCUUUGGUUAUGUGAAACGUGCCAUGAACCGGCCUCCCUCAGCCCUAGACCCGUGGUGGGCUGACCAUCAGCGCUCCUGUGGUGGCACUUACGUGAAGAUCAAAGAGCCUGAGAACUAUGGGAAGAAGCACAAGAAAGGAGAGAACCAAGAUAAGAAGGCCCCAACCCAACCAAAGGGCAAGAACAGACCCUCCAGCACCGUCACAGGCAAAUCCGGUGGACAGGACAUAAGGAAUGUCCUCCCAUUCAGUGGCAGAGGUUUUGUCCUUGGGGGGAGUUCUCAGCUGUCCUCCCCUAAAAAACCUACUGAGUCCCAUAAUGGCAGACUUCCAGGAGAACCCUUGGGUUCCUUGAAUGUUGUGUGGUUACCACCAACCCCAACUGUACCCAGAGAUGCUAACGUUUCUCCCCAGAGCAGUCCCAGCAUGGCAAGUUCCCAAUUUACUGGGAGUUCCAGCUUUGGAAAAUCCCAGGAUGCUGCAAAAUCUCACCCCUCAGGUAAAAAAUCUGUCAGCAACACCAAAGCUUUCAUCAAUAUAAAUGGAUCUCCAGUAAGAAUUCCUGGUACUGGUAAACGUGAGACAAAACCCUUGAACAAUCAGACGGAAAUCAGCAGGGCAAAACAAAAAUCUUUUGAUGACCUCUUCCACAACAAAGGAGUAAAGUCUCUUCUCAGAUCAGGGGUUAGUACUUCUAGUGCUUCCAAAUUACCAAGUGAGACCACAAGACUAUCUGAUGCAAGCAAUGGAAGGAUAUUAGAGGACACCUUGACCUCUAAGAGCUUUACGCAUUCAUCAAUUGAAGGCACUUCCUUGAACGUCAAGAAGCCCAUUAUCCCCAUUUCCACCCCCCCUGGGAGCUCCAGACCUGGGCCUUCUGGAAGCUGUUCGAAUUCUAAACACCUCAAGUCACCUGAAAAAUCAGGGUCCACUGUGCCAGUUUCCAGAAAGAGACCUUGGGACAGUCACCUCUCCACGCACAUCUUUGAUUUCUUUCAAAGGACAUCAGGUGGGUCUGACCUUAGACGGCCAGCGGAGAAGCUUCCGGCGUGUGUGCCCCCUCCCUCCGCACUGGCCGGCCCCAACAGUGCUUCAUCUCUGACAGUUAGUUGUCCCGUGUGCCAUAUCACCGUCCUGGAGUCCAAAAUCAAUGACCAUUUAGAUUCUUGCCUCGCACCCUGAUCAAUGUUACAAAUCAUGACCUUGCAACAAAAGUUUAACAGAGGGCAUGUUCCAGAAUGCUGAUUGGAUAGAGGAUUCAGAUUUCUUUCAGUCAGCUCGUUUAAAUUGUUUUGUACUUAGCUGAGCCUGUUAUUUCAGUAUUUUUGUUCUAAAACACCAGUUUGUUCUAGAUAAAUACAGGUUUGUUUUCAUACACCUCCGUUUACCCACACUGUGGCAGCACUCCAUGCUGUUCCACCUUGGCAGUGCAUUUUAAUCCUCUGACUUCUUGCAAGGUUCCCAGAAAAACUGCACGAGCGAAAAUCUUCCUAAAUACAGCUUCUGCAGUGCCAUUAAGAAAUUAAUCAGCUGUGAAAUAUUUCUCGUUUUUAUAUUUUCGGCCAUACAGUCAACAGAUUUAUUUUUAAAGAUUUUUUAAAAACGGACUUAAAUAAAUUUCACGGUUGUGCAAAAUAAACUACAAUAAGGGCUGUUUCUAAAAACCUCAGAGUGCUGCUUGUUCAGUGCCUACACUUGCUUUUACACUGGAGGUCUUGGUGCUUCAGUGACCUGGAUAACUGCAGGUACAGCCUAGUAGAGAGCGCUCGCCAGUUUUAAUGCUGUUUUACUAAAAGCUAAAAAAAAAAUCUGUAUAACUUAUGCAGUCAGUUUUUUUAAGACCUGGUUUAUGCUGCUCUCACAUCAAGACAUGCAGGUUUGUAAUACAAAUUCAGAAUAUAGAAUUUAGCUUAAUGGUCAUUGCAUUUCAUUUUUGUUUUUCUUGUUUGUUGUGGUUUAUUUAAUUCUUUUUUGUCUUUGGAAAAUAAAAUAUGCAGCUUCCAUA